AUGCUCUCCUCACCCCAAUCAUUUGGUCUGCCAGCUUUGCUGUAUCUCCUAUCACUCUCCACUAGUGCCCUUGCGACAAUCACUCUCAAAGGCCAAACCAUCGAAUUCAAUGGCAAGACCUACUACGCCCCUCCCACAGUAGUAGCCACACUAAAGACAGCAUCUGGAAAUCAAGUCAGCAAUACCAAUGGCCUGCAGCCUCUUACCGUGAUUCGGAGUGAUUCUUUAGAACUCACAACCUCCGCAAUCGAGUCACUGGUAGAAAACUACCAAUCCACAGACGAUGUUUUCAACACGGGGUUCCUCGAGAAUAUUUACGUCGAGUACAACGGUACACACAAGUCGCCGUUGGAAACCGUAUCAACGCCUUCUUCUUGGAAUAAUAAAUUACUUGGAUUCGCUUCCGCAUAUGAUACGAAAUCGUCGACGAAGCUGGCGUCUUCGAAGAGCUUACCGCCUGGCCCUUAUUUCUUUAACCCAUCUAGUGGAGAACUGUUUGAAGCCUAUCUCUUGUAUUCGGAUGCUAUGGGUGCCUUUACACAGGGAUUAAUCCCAGUUGGGAAUGAUGAGUACGAUGUUUUGUCGGCAAACCUUCCCGGUUAUGCAUCGUUGACAAUUGGCGUUCCAUCGAGAUUGUAUUUCACGAAGACGGCUGAGAAACCAUUAGCAGGUGUUCGUCUUGGAGUCAAAGAUAUUUACCAUAUCAAGGGAGUGAAGACUGGCUGCGGUAACCGCGCGUACUUCGAUCUAUACCCUGAAGCCAAUGCUACGGGACCUGCAAUCCAAUCCCUCAUUGAUGCGGGCGCCAUUAUUGUUGGAAAAAUGAAGACAAGUCAAUUCGCCAAUGGUGAGACUGCCACCGGUGAUUGGGUCGAUUACCACUCUCCCUUCAACGCCCGCGGCGACGGCUACCAAGAUCCCAGCUCCUCCUCAUCAGGACCCGGAUCCGGAAUCGGAGCAUAUGACUGGCUUGACCUGGCCAUCGGAAGUGAUACUGGAGGCUCUAUCCGAAACCCAGCACAAGUGAAUGGAUGCUUUGGCAACCGACCCUCGUGGGAUCUAGUCUCAUUAGACGACGUCAUGCCCCUCUCUCCGCUUCUUGAUACGGCGGGAUUUUUGGCAAGAGACGUGAAAGUGUGGAAGGCCGCUUCUGAGGUGUUGUACAAGGACGCCGGCCUAAAGUCUUACACCAAGUACCCGAAGAGCAUCAAGACAAUUCAGUUCCCCACUAGUGCUGACACUGUGGCGGAUGGACUUGUGCUGGACUUUGUUGAUCGUCUAUCGACCUUUUUGGGCGGUGCGAAUAUCUCGGCAUUUGAUUAUGAUGAACUUUGGGAGGCUACUAAGCCCUCAACAGUUGCUGCGGAUGAAACUCUUGAGUCGUUGUUGAAUCUCACUUAUCCUAUCCUCAUCUCGAAGCAGCAGUACCCCCUCAUCGCCGCCCCACUGUACGCGGACUAUGCAGCUGCUAAUGGAGGUCGCCGUCCGUUCAUCGAUCCAGUUCCUCUUUCACGUUGGGACUUUGGACUUGAGUAUCCCGACUCACAACUGGAUACGGAAAUCUCAAACAAGAACAUCUUUACUCGUUGGUGGAAUAGCACGGCUCAGGUACUUGAUGAGGAGACAUGCUCAGACAGUCUUAUGCUAUACGUCGGGGCUGCAGCGACGCCGGAAUAUCGAAAUGUGUAUAGAAGUCUUCCCGGUAUCCCCACCGGAUUUGAAAGCGCUCGCAUUGCCAACUUUGCCGGUGUACCUGAUAUGGUCGUUCCAAUCGGACAAGCACUAUACAACUCGACUAUCACACUCAAGGAGGAAUAUCUGCCUGUGGCAGUGGACUUCAUCGUUCCUCACGGCUGCGAUCUGAUGAUUUUGAAUUUGGUGAAUGAGUUAGUGGAAGAGGGGAUUAUUCAAGAGCCUGUUGCGGGAUCGACAUUGUAUGGAGAUGGAGUUAUUUAUUAUUGA